CAACUCAUGCAGAGGAGUGUGAGCGCGUCUUUGGAGAGCGCGAUUAUAUGAGAGCUAGAGGGCGGCGGCGCAUAGCUCCGCACCUCCGUUACCGCUCCAGUCCUGGGAUCUUCUCCUGAUCUCUCCGUUAGGAGCACACGCAGAAUUUGGGACGCGUAACGGCGUCGGUCCUCCGUUCACCACCACAGCAGCUCCUCCAAAACGGCCGAAGCAAACCGAGGAAGGAACGAAUAUUCCGCGCUGAGGAGUUUCCAAACUCCGAAGUCAUGGGGAAAAACGGACGCCAGAGAUUUAGAUUGGGAUUAGUGCUUCUCUUUCUAUGGGUUCUGCUGCAAAUAGUUGACGCGCAAGGUGAUGAUGACUUCCUGUUGGGGUUGGGUGAGCUGCCGGAGACCUUCCCCAGUGACCCUCCAGAGCCCCUCCCACACUUCCUGCUGGAGCCGGAGGAUGCUUACAUCAUCAAGAACAAAGCUGUCAAUCUCUACUGCACGGCCACGCCUGCCGCUCAGAUCUACUUCAAAUGCAACGGCGAGUGGGUCCAUCAAAGAGAACACACCAUAGAGGAGCGGGUGGACGAGACGUCGGGUUUGGUGGUGAGGGAAGCACGGAUCGAGAUCUCCCGGCAGCAGGUGGAUGAGUUGUUUGGUUUGGAAGAUUACUGGUGCCAAUGUGUCGCCUGGAGCUCCGCAGGAACCACCAAGAGCCGCAAGGUGCACGUCCGCAUCGCAUUCUUGAGGAAGACGUUUGAGCAGGAACCCUUGGGGAAGGAGGUGUCACUCGAACAGGAAGUGCUGCUGCAGUGCCGCCCACCUGAGGGCACCGUGCCUCCCCUCCCGGCCGGCCUUUUCGGCGACACGGUGGAGAACUUGCCCAGCAGUUCCCCGUCGCUGAGGGCGGCCCCUGCCACCGCCCCGCUCCUGCGGCCUCCAGCAAAGCUGCGCCGUGGAACAGGUCGCAGGACAGCCGCCCCGCCCGUCCAGGUGGAAUGGCUGAAGAACGAAGAGAUUAUCGAUCCUGCAGACGAUCGGAAUUUCUACAUCACUAUCGAUCAUAACCUGAUCAUCAAACAGGCGCGGCUUUCUGACACCGCUAACUACACCUGCGUCGCUAAGAACAUCGUUGCUAAGAGACGAAGCACCACGGCUACAGUGAUUGUCUAUGUGAAUGGCGGCUGGUCCACGUGGACGGAGUGGUCGACCUGUAACAGUCGAUGUGGGCGGGGCCUUCAGAAAAGAACCCGCAGCUGCACCAAUCCUGCGCCUCUGAACGGGGGGUCGCCGUGUGACGGACAGGCCAUCCAAAAAAUCGCCUGCACCUCAGUUUGCACAGUUGACGGUGAGUGGGCCGACUGGAGCAAGUGGUUGGCGUGUAACACUGAGUGCACGCAGUGGAGGAAGAGAGAGUGUAAUGCUCCUACGCCUCAGAACGGAGGGAAGGACUGUGAGGGAGUCACGCUACAGUCACAGAACUGCACUGAUGGACUCUGCCUACAAAGUUCAGUAUAUCAGCUAUCCGUUCAGCCUAAAGGAAUGGGAGAGAAGGGGUUUACAUCUGCGCCGGGUGGAGAUGAGGUGGCGCUGUACGUGGGUAUCAUCAUGGCGGUGGUCAUGUGUCUGAUUGUCUCUUCUAUCGUGGCACUGCUUGUGUACCGCAAAACUCAUCGGCGCUUUCACUCUGACAUCAUCGACUCGUCUGUGCUGAACGGAGGAUUCCAGCCUGUCAGCAUCAAACAAGCACGCUCAGCGGAUUUGCUGGCCGCAACCCCUGAUCUGUCCACAGCGGCUGCGCUGUAUCGCAGUCCAGUAUAUGCCCUCCAUGACAUCUCAGACAAAAUCCCCAUGACCAGCUCCCCUCUGCUGGAGCCGCUGCCGCUUCCCAACCUCAAGAUCAAAGUCUACAACUUCUCUGGCACAGUGACCCCUCAGGAAGACGUGACCUCUGACCUCUCUGCCACCCUGUCCCCCAAAGUCACACACUCUCUUCUGGAAAGCGACCCCAUGACCCCACGCAACCAGACACUGCCACGCGCACGGGACCCCACGUGUACGGCGUUAGGGUCGUUUAACACGCUGGGAGGUCAUCUGAUCAUACCCAACUCAGGUGUGAGUUUGUUGGUUCCAUCUGGUGCGAUUCCUCAAGGUCGCGUCUAUGAGAUGUUUGUGACCGUACAAAGGACAGAGAGCAUGAGGCCAGCGGUCAGUGACGGGGAGGCCGUGCUCAGCACUGUGGUCAGCUGCGGUCCCGCGGGCGUCCUGUUGACCCGUCCCAUCAUCCUCACUCUCCACCACUGCGCACACGCCCACUCUGACAACUGGCAAAUCAUCCUCAAGAGCCACACGCAGCAGGACCAAUGGGAGGACGUGGUCGUGGUUGGAGAGGAGAACUUCACUACUUCCUGUUACGUUCAGCUGGGGGAGGAGGCGUGUCACAUCCUGACCGAGACUCUCGGAUCCUACUCUCUGAUUGGCCAGAGCGCCUGUCCGUCAGCGGCUAAACGAAUCAAGCUGGCCGUGUUUGGUCCUGUAGUCACUGCAGGUCUAGACUAUCACAUCAGAGUGUACUGCCUUGACGACACGCAGGACACGCUCAAAGAGGUGCUGCAGAUAGAAAAACAGAUCGGUGGGAAACUGCUGGAUGAACCAAAGUCUCUGAUCUUCAGUUACAGCAAGCACAACCUGAGACUGUCAAUACAUGACAUUCACUCGCAGUGGAAGAGCAAACUACUCACCAAAUACCAGGAGCUGUCUUUCUCUCAGGUGUGGAGUGGAUCGGUGCGGCGGCUGCAUUGCUCCUUUGCUCUGGAGCGUCAGAGUGUGAGCGUGUGUGAGCUGUGCUGCAAGCUGUGCGUCAGACAGGUGGAGGGAGAAGGGCAGAUCUUCCAGCUCUACACCACCCUGAGCGAGGAUGUCCAGAGCAUCGACACGUCCCUGAUGGACCCAGGCAGCAGUAUCACGGUUCUAACGGGUCCGAGUGCAUUCAGGAUCCCGGUCAGCAUCAGAAGCAAACUGUGCAGCAGCCUGGACGUCCCGCACACACGCGGAAAUGACUGGAGAAUACUGGCACACAAACUCAACCUGGACAGGUAUCUGAAGUACUUUGCGACUAAGACGAGUCCGACCGGAGUGAUUCUGGACCUGUGGGAAGCUCAACACUUCCCACACGGAAACCUCAACCAGCUCGCCACUGUCCUGGAGGAGAUGGGUCGUCAUGACAACAGCAUCGCCGCCAUGGCCAAGGAACAGUGACCCUCACUUUGGCGGUAAUAACGCUGCUAACGAUGACGUCCAGCUCAAGUUGUGUUGCCACACGAUCAAAACAACGAUCAAAAACCAAGACGCCGUGCGCAGCACUGCUGUCCAUGUACGUGGAUUCCGCCGAUUUGGGGUCAAAGGUGAAGCAGGAACAGGGUCGAGACACUUCAGGCACGUACUAGACAACCAAAACACACCCAAACCCUCCCAGUUUGCACGCACAGGGUCCCCCCGACAGCUGAAAUCUCCCACUUUAUCAUCCUUUAGUCAUCAUUUUUACUGAAUUUUGUGGUGCCAUCUAGUGGAUGCAAAAACAACAAACCCUUCAUGUGAUAUAAUAUUUUGAGACAUGAGUACAGUAUUUAGUGUGAGUACCUUAAAGUGGCCUUUAAAAUCCAGUUACCGUUCAGAUCCCAUUUGAAUUGUAUUAUUUUUGUAAUGCAGGUAUCUGAAGACGUACAGUAAAUAUGUUUGUUUGUUGAACAAAAGUGCAUGUGAGCACUUGCCAGGGAACUGAGAAUAAUUUUUUUUGAUUUUCUGAAAUGCAAUGUUUCAUCACACUUUAAUAAUGAUGAUCUUU